AUGGCCGCGGAACGUAAGUUAAAAGCUCUCAAGCAACGGCUGAGAAGCAUCUUGGUAUCGUUUAAUUUGAUUAAAACGUUCGUUGACGAAUACGAGGAGGAACAACACGAAAUGGAAGUUCCAGUACGAAUCGAACACCUGGGGACCAUUUGGAACGACUUCACCAACGUGCAAAGUGAACUUGAAGUCUGCGACAAUCUCGAUAAUCCUUCUAUUGAUCAAUUACUGAAACAACGUGCGGAAUUUGAAACCAAUUACUACCGGGUGAAAGGUUUUCUCCUGGCAGUAAAUAAAGCCCCUGAUCCUGUAGCAGCCUCUAGUUCUAAUUUGUCGACGAAUUUCCCCGGGAGAUACCCUCAUAUACGUCUUCCCGAUGUUAAAAUCCCAGUGUUCAACGGAAAUUUAGAAUGUUGGCUCAACUUCCACGACCUUUUUGUCUCGCUCGUCCACGCAUCGACAGAGAUUUCUACCAUCCAGAAGUUUUACUACCUGCGUUCUUCUCUCACUGGCGAUGCUUUGAAAUUGAUUCAAUCGAUACCUAUUAGUGCGAAUAACUAUCCAGUGGCCUGGAAUCUGUUAGUCGACCAUUUCCAAAACCCAGCGCGUUUAAAACAGUCAUACAUCGACGCACUUUUCGAGUUUACUGCAUUAAAACGUGAAUCCGCAACAGAUCUACAUUCUUUGGUGGAAAACUUUGAAGCAACGGUAAAGAUUUUGAAUCAACUUGGGGAGAAAACUCAAUACUGGGAUGUUAUGCUCAUUCGUAUGUUGAGCAUUCGACUCGAUCCUACCACCAGACGAGAUUGGGAGGAUUUUUCUUCGGCACGCAACACAAUUUCUUUCCAAGAUUUGGUCGCAUUCAUUCAGCGAAGAGUAACGGUCUUGCAGAGUAUCGGAAACAAAAUUCCUGAAGGUUUAACUCAAAAUCCACCUAGAAAGUCUAACCCAAAGUCCGUAUCCAGUCUCGGUGCAAUGCAAACCUUCACACGCAAGUGCAUCAUUUGUUCGGAGAACCACCCACUUUACAAGUGCUCUCAGUUCUCACACAUGAAGAUCGAGGACAAGGAGCAGGAAGUGAGACGUCAUCAGUUGUGCCGAAAUUGUUUGCGGAAAGGGCACAUGUCACGAAACUGUCCAUCUACGAGCACCUGUCGAAAAUGUAAUGGUCAUCAUCACACUCAACUUUGCUUCAAGGAUCAUCCCAAGCCAGACUCUAAACCUGAGCGAAUCUCUCCCAACCCGGUAGACACACAUCAACCUGAACCAACCACAUCCGCUGCCGCUUCUCUCAUUCAAGCUACAACUACUUCAAUCAACAACGGGAAGCUACUGAAAGUAGUUCUAGCUACAGCUGUUAUCCAAUUGGUCGAUGAUAGUGGAAGAGUCCACGCCGCUCGCGCGCUCUUAGAUUCCGGCAGUGAAUGCUGCUUCAUAACGGAUGCUCUCUCGCAGGCUAUGAAGGUUAAUCGAUCGAAAAUUUCUCUCCCCAUUGCUGGUAUAGGCCACUGUGCAACAUACGCCAAAUACAAACUUCGCGCGACUAUUCGUUCCCGCUUCAAUGACUAUGCUUCCAUGACUGAAUUCUUAGUAUUGCCUAAACUUACCGUCGAACUCCCAUCUGCGGCUAUCGACGUUUCUACUUGGGACCUACCAACCGAUGUCGAACUUGCCGAUCCAUCAUUCAACCGUCCAGGCCCUAUCGAUGUUGUCAUUGGAGCGGAAAUAUUCUUCGAAUUAUUCAAAUACCGUGAACGAAUUUCCCUCGGAACAACCCUUCCUGUCCUUGUCAAAUCUGAGCUGGGGUGGAUAGUUACUGGAAAGACUUCCUUCAGUCAGCCGAUCACACCGAUUGUUUCCAACGUAGCCACUAUCAGCGAGCUUCAUAGAUUCCUCGAGCGCUUUUGGGAAAUCGAAGAGGAUGACGCCAAACCAGGACCAUCAGUGGACGAAGCCGCUUGCGAGAACCAUUUUGCAGAAACCGUUGCCCGGACUGAUGAAGGUCGCUACAUUGUCCGCCUGCCCACUCGUGAAAUCAUACUCAGCAACCUAGGAGACAACCGCAAGUCAGCAGUCAGACGAUUUCAUUUGCUAGAAGGUAAAAUCAAACGCAACGAGACUCUCCAUCAACAGUAUCGAGAUUUCAUGAAUGAAUAUGAAGAUCUCAAACACAUGCAGAAGAUUUCAUUCAUCACCGGCACGCAGACUCAAUCCUAUCACCUCCCACAUCAUGCUGUUAUACGAAAGAGCAGUUCAAUCACGAAGCUGAGAGUCGUCUUCGAUGCGUCGUGCAAAUCCGCCACCGGUUACUCUCUCAACGACGCUGUUAUGGUCGGCCCUAUUAUCCAAGACGAUUUGCGCGCCAUCAUUACACGUUCCCGAAUGCAUCCCGUUAUGUUGAUUGCGGACAUAAAACAGAUGUAUCGGCAAAUCCUUGUCGAUAACAGAGAUACACCAUUGCAGAGAAUUGUCUGGAGGAAUCAUGACGACGAACCACUAAGCACCUACGAACUGAAAACCGUUACCUAUGGUACUGCUUGUGCGCCCUUCCUCGCGACAAGAGUACUAAAGCAAUUGGCAAAGGAUGAGCAACAUAGAUUCCCUUCCGCUGCCAAAAUUCUGCAAAGAGAUUUCUACAUGGACGAUCUUUUUUCGGGUGGCCAGAACAUCGACGAAGUAAGGAACCUUCGGAAGGAGCUGGAGGAACUUUGCAAGCUUGGCGGUUUCGAAUUACGAAAAUUUGGGUCUAAUUCAACAGCUGUAAUCGACGAGGUACCGAUGGAAAAUCGUGCAAUACAAUCAUCAGUGGAUUUAGAUCGGGAAUCAUGUAUUAAAACCUUAGGGCUUUUGGGUCCCGUUAUUGUUAGCGCCAAACUGUUCAUGCAAUCUCUGUGGACUUUGAAGGACGAAAAAGACAACACUCUGAACUGGGACGAUCCUCUACCGGAAGCUCUUUCGAAAAAAUGGAACAUCUUUUACUUCAAAUUGCCACUUCUAGAACAUCUCAGAAUCCCACGCUGUGUAGUUUUUCCAAACGCAACAUCAAUUGAACUGCACAUAUUCUCAGACGCAUCAGAACGAGCAUACGGAGCUUGUGCGUAUGUGCGAUCACGCGACAAUGUUGGUUGUGUUCGCGUAGCAUUGCUGACUUCUCGUUCAAAGGUUGCCCCCCUCAAGCGAAUAAGUAUACCACGACUCGAACUUUGUGGUGCGCUCCAUGCCGCCGAAUUGUACACCAAAAUCUGCUCAUCCACUCAGCUAAACUGUCCCACCUUUUUCUGGGUCGAUUCUACCACCGUCCUCGCAUGGUUGAAUUGUUCACCGUCAACAUGGGCAAAUUUUGUUGCCAAUCGAGUCUCCAAAAUUCAACUCGCCACAAUCAACUCCCACUGGAAUCACGUGCCCGGCAGCGAAAACCCAGCAGACCAUGUUUCGAGAGGAAUACCGCCAGAAGAACUUCUUUCAUGUGACAUCUGGUGGCACGGACCGGCUUGGCUAAAGGAAGAACGAGAUGCGUGGCCAUCUAUUACUGCUCAACCCGAAAAUUCAACUGACGUGUUACAAGAACAGCGAAAAUCAUCUAUGACGACCACAUUAUGUUCCCCUGAGCCCUCGUUUGUAGAUGAUUUGGUCAAACGAUUCAGUAGCUACCAGCAUCUCCUCCGAGUUACCGCUUUCUGUCAACGGCCAGCGAAAAUAUUUCGACUACCUUCAACCAAAAGAAUCCUCAACUGUGUUCUGUCGGUGGAAGAAAUCAACGAAGCAGAAAAAACUCUUUUUCGAUUAGUUCAGCAGCAAACUUACGAACAAGAUCUCAAUAAUCUUCGAAAAGAUCAACCAAUAUCCCCCAAAUCCCGACUGAAAUGGUUCAGUCCUUUCCUGGGCCCCGAUCAACUUCUACGCGUGGGUGGACGAUUAGCAAAUUCCAAUAAAAACUACGAUACUCAACAUCAAAUCAUCUUGCCAUCAUCUCACCAAAUUACCGCUCUCUUAGUCGAAAACUUACAUCGCAAACACUUGCACGCAGCACCCACGCUUCUACUUACCAUCAUUCGACUACGCUUCUGGAUCAUAGGGGCCAGAAGCUUAACGAAAAAGGUGGUGCACAAGUGCUUGCAAUGCUUCAAAGCCAAACCAACAAUGGUGCAGCAAUUCAUGGGAGAGUUGCCACGAUCGCGCGUCACUGCCACCCGACCGUUCACAGUCACUGGAGUGGACUAUUGGGGUCCAAUAUUACUGCAACCACCACACCGGAGAGCAUCACCAAGGAAGGCUUUCGUAGCAGUAUUCAUAUGCUUCAGCACGAAGGCCGUUCAUCUGGAGCUCGUUCCAGAUCUGACCACCAUCAAGUUCCUGCAAGCCUUCAAAAGAUUCGUCGCUCGCCGAGGGCUGUGCACUGAUGUAUACAGCGACAACGGGACGAAUUUUGUGGGAGCAAAGAACGAAAUCAAACGUCUUCUUCGUUCUGAGAAUCAUCGAGCCGAGGUGUCCAAAAGCUGUUCAGAAAUGCAGAUUCGUUGGCACUUCAACCCGCCGAAAGCCUCUCAUUUCGGUGGGCUGUGGGAGGCAGCGGUCCAGUCGGCACAAAAACAUUUUAUUCGCGUGUUGGGAACACGCUCCUUACCCUAUGACGAUAUGGAAACGUUACUUUGUCAAAUUGAAUGUUGCCUUAAUUCGCGACCAUUAGUUCCUCUCAGCGACGAUCCCUCGGAUUUUGACCCCCUCACCCCUGGUCACUUCCUGACUGGCUCAGCCCUCAAGGCAGUUCCCGACAGAGACUUUUCUGACAUCAAUUACGACAGACUCAAACAGUGGCAAAAAGUUCAAAAAAUCAUCCAAGAUAUUUGGAAACGGUGGCACUUGGAGUAUCUGUCCACCUUGCAACCCAGAACGAAAUGGUUCCGUCCACCAGUCACUUUCCAACCAGGCCAAUUAGUUCUCCUCCGGGACGAGAAUACUCCUCCAAUGCGAUGGCCAACAGCCCGAAUAAUCGAUGUUCAUCCUGGGAGCGACGGUAUCAUCAGAGUAGUUUCGCUGCAAACACCGAAGGCAAAAACAACUCGCUGUGUCCAGAAAAUAUGUUUGCUUCCUAUUGCACCACAUCAAAUCCAGAACGACGACAAAACGGGUCAGCUGAACACCACGGACGACAAGUAG